AGGUCUUCUUUAUUAUUAUUAUUACUAUUAUCCACUGCGCCUGCACAACGCACACCCCCCUCACAGAAUACGACCGACCAUCGUUGUGUGCGUUUCGCCUUUUUUUUGUUUUCCUUCGCGUGGACUUCUUCUUUGUUUGUGCAUAGUUUUGUUUUUUUCUUCUUUUCUUCCUCCUCUUUCUACUUCCCUCCCCGAAGCCGAGACUAGAUUUGUACAAGAAACAGCCGCUUCCCUCCGCUCCUACAGUUCAUCGCUCUGAGGACUUUUUUUUUUCUCUCCCCCCCCUUUGUUUCGUUCACGGUGCUCUGUGCGCAUCGCUAUUUCGGGGCUUUCUGGUAUCGUUCUCUUUUUUUGUUUUAUCUGGUGUGGUGUCGCCGUGCUGCCUCGUUGUGCCCACUCUAUAGACCUCUUUCUCUCAUCCCCCCCACCCCUCCUCAGCGAGAAGGAUUUAUAAGUAAAAAUACACAGAGAGAGAGACAAGAAGAGGCGACCAACAGCGCAAUCAGCAAAGAGUCUUUGCCAUCGACACAAUCUGUCUUUUUUGUUAUUGUGCGAGACGCACGAGCUGUCCGUUUGCAAUAGCAACACAUCAUGUCUUUUGCUGGUGCUUCGCGUCCCGCGCCGAGAGGUAGCGCGGGUGGCAGUGCUGCUGCUGGUGGCGGUGGCGUGCAAAGGACGUCGUCCGGCCUACGGCCGGCUGCCCAGCGGUCCGGUGCAACACCAUCCACAAACGGUGUCAGCAAGCCAAUGGACGCGCAACCUGGCAUGACGGGCGGCCCACAUAUGGGCCCGGCUGGUAUGGCUGCACCCCCUGGUGCUGGUGGUGGUGCUGCUGGUGCCAUGGUUCAGGGACAGGGGAAUCCGUACGACAACCCAAUGCACGGAGCAGGCGUCUCUGGCUACGGCAACAUGGCAGAGAAUUACAACGGCAAUGGUGGUGGGGGUGCCGGCGACAUGGGCGGCAUGAGCGGCUACGGCUCGAUGUACGGAAUGGGCGGUGGAAUGGGGCCGCAAAUGGGCUCUAUGUACGGCAUGGGCUCCCCAGCGGGCUCUAUGUAUGGCAUGGGCGGUGGAAUGGGUUCGAUGUACGGGAUGGGACCUCCGAUGGGCUCCAUGUAUGGGAUGGGACCUCCGAUGGGUUCGAUGUAUGGCAUGGGCGGCCCAAUGGGCUCCAUGUACGGCAUGGGCGGCCCGAUGGGCUCCACGUACGGGAUGGGACCUCCGAUGGGCUCGAUGUAUGGCAUGGGUGGCCCGAUGGGCUCCAUAUACGGCAUGGGCGGUGGAAUGGGUUCGAUGUACGGCAUGGCCCGCUCCAUGAGCUUCUCCUCCUACGGUGGCGGCAGCCUGUACGGCGGUAUGGGCGGCGGUUCCAUGAUGAACCUGGGCGGCAGCACGCGCAGCAUCAACGGGAUGUGGGGGACGGAGUACGGCUACAAGGUACGCAGCCGCCGUGACAACGACAUGCCGUCCAUGGCAAAGAUGCUGAAGGAUGACGAGGAGGUCGAGGAGCGGCAUCUCGUCACCGCCACGCAGAAGAUGCUCGAGAAGGAGGGCAAGGGGGAGAAGGAAAGGAAAGUGGACGCAGGGAAAAAAGACGAGCCGAAGAAGGAGGCGGGCAAGGAGGAGGCGAAGGACGGCAAGGCGAAGACCGCGUCGGGCAAAGAUGACGAGAAAGACGGCAAACGCGCCCUUGCUGUCAAGCCGGACGGCACAGACGCGAAGGGUGCGGCGGGGAGCGCGGAGGAUGUCCUGGACGACACCAACGCGAUCCGCAGCAUCGUCGUCGUCGAGGACGCGAAGAGCGACCGCGUGAAGGUGGAGGAGGCGGAGCCGGGCCACAAGGUCGUCAUACAAGGCACGGCCGGCAAGCCCGUGGAGUGCAGGGCGACGGACGUGUUGCUCGGGCCGGAGGCGGAUGUCGCGAAGUCGUCCGUGCUGAACAUGAUGGCCUCGCACGUGAAGAGCGGCCACAACGUCUGCCUCAUUGCCAUCGAUACCAAGGAGAAAUCAACGCCGCUUUUCACCUCCGCGACCACUGCGUUCUUCACCAAGUCGCUGGAGAGGCUUGGUGCGGAGGAUGUAUGGAAGGCCGCCUUCAGCGCGACAGCCAUCAGCGGCCCGAGCAAGUAUCGCGAUCUUCUAACCUCAGGCAACGCCGCGCCGGCGGACAUCGUCUUCGGCUCCAACCCGAUCUUCGGCCCCUGCAUCAUGGACGCCACACAGGUCGAGUUGGAGGCGGUGGCAGCGGUCGAUAAGCGUGUGAAGGAGGUGCUGGAAAAACAGGCGGACCCGCAGGAGAUGCUCUUUCUCCAGGCCGUCGUGCACAUCCACAGGGGCGAGGACCUCUUCCUCUGCUCCAUCAGCACCUUUGUGCUGCGCUCCAUCGAGGCGGCGGAGGCGGCGGCCGUCUUGGACGACCGACGCGUGCCAGUGCCGGUGAUGCGGACCGCCAUUGGCGGCGCCACUCGCACAGCCGUCAUUUCUUCCAUCACCGGCGCGCCGGACGACGCGGCAAAGGAGGGCGACGUGUUGCGCGUCGCCGCCUCCAUCGCGGCGAAGGAGAACUUGUCUCCCCGCAGCGGCAACGUGCCUCGCUUCAUCGAGUACACGGAGAAGCAAAUCGCCAAGAUCGAGAAGGACGCAUUGAGCCUGAGCGGGGAGGCGAAGGAGCGGCGCACGCACAUGGUGGAGAAGAUGCGCGCGAUGGCGAACGACGCGAAGGAGCUGCUCGCGAACCCUGCGGCGGCGGCGAAGGUGUACCCGAUCCACACGAAGAGCGCCGGCUCUUCGACGACGCCGGCGAAGGACGCCAACGCGGCUGCUGGGACUCGCGACCUGCCCUCUCCUGCACCGAAGAACGGUACGUCAACUGCAGCUGCAGCGGCGGCGGCUCGCCGUGUCCCUGCUGAUCCGCAACAACCCGUCGCCACGACGGCUGCUGCGGAUCCUACUGCUUCUGAUGCAGCUGCUGCGGCUGAUGCCCCCGUGUCCUCUACGCCAUUCUCCUCCAUUCACCGUCUCGUCUACAUGCAGGGGGCCACGGCGGCGUGGACCGGCAAAGUAGUCGAGGUGGUGGUCGGCAGCGAGACGAAAGCGUACGACGUUGACGAGUGCAUCGACUGCCCCGCCGGCGUCACUCCGCAGCCGCCGCUGGAGUCAAAGGAGCUGCAGCGCAUGUGCAGCAUCUUGCUGGGUGGCUCCAACGUCGCCGUGCUCGGGGCGGAGCAUCUGGCGCCCACCCAGCCCCAGGAGCAGAUGACGUGGAGGUACGUGAAGCACCUGCUGGCCGCGGUGCUCGCCCCGCCACCGACCACCUCCGAGAUGACGAAUGAGGUGUCCCUGCACAUGUCGGUGCUGCAUGAGCGCGACAUCACGGCGGAUCUCAUUUCGGGUAGCACCGAGCGGCGCCGCCUGGUAGUGGCCACCUCGCCGCUCUUUGGGCCGAUGGUGCACGAGUCGGCCGCUGUCAAGGUGCGAGAUCCUCAGAUGAUGCGGACCAUCGUGGACAAAGCCCUCGAGCUCGCCGCGUCCUGCAUGGAAAAGGAAGGCUCGCUGAUUGUCAUGACCGCGGUGCUGAAGCAGAUUGUGAAGGACGACGUGCGGGUCGCCUCCGUCUUUGCCGUGUCGGCGGCGGACAUGGCCCCCUACAAGGGUGUCAUCGAGCGCAACCCGAAGUACUCGCGCUCCCUUUUCACCUACGCGUUGGGCGGCCCCGCCUCCACCGCACUGCUCAUCAGCGCCUCCCACACGAUGGACCAAGCGGAGCUGGCUACCUCGCUCAGCGCACAACGCAGCAUCUCGCACAUGAAGGUGCCGGCGCCGCGCAACGGCAGCGUGAAGGAGUUCGUCCGUUACGCCCGCGACUCGCUCGAACGGCACCAGAAGCGCGCCGCCGCGAUAACCGACACUGCAGAGAGGGAGAAGACGACGAGCAGCAUGCGGCGCCUGGGGGACAGCCUAAAGGACCACGAGGAGCUGUUGGCGAACCCGCGCACGGUGGAGCCGCGCGCCUACCCGCCAGAUGUCACUGGUGCUCAACCCGACGCGGCGCCUCCGGCGUCCGAUGCGGUGGCGGCCGCUGCUGCGCAGACGUCCGUACAGGCCCCGGUGGAGCAGCGACGUACCACCCCGGUGCAGGCACAGCGUGCCGUGAAGGUGCAGCCGCGAGAAGAAAAGGAAGAGGAGCCCGUCAAGUCGGAGGCAAAGGCAGAGUCUGCGGAGGCUUCGCAAGACAAGCACAACACGCGCCCGGUGCAGUGCCUGGUUGUCAUCACACAGGAGACCCGUGAAGGACUGCAGACGAAGGAGGGUUGGUCCGUCGAAGGCGCCGGUAACGCUCUCACCGUCACGGACGUGGAGGGCGCGCACAAUUUCGCGGUGGACGAGGUGGCGCUGCGCAUGAACCGCAACACACCGAUUGAAUCGACGGUGCUGGAGGAGCUGCGCAACAAGUUUUUGGAAGGCCAGAACGUUGCCCUCGUCACGGCGGACACGCGGGGGUCGGCGUCGAGUUUGGAGGCGGUGGACCGCAGCGUGCGCGGCAUCCUCGCCAAGUUGCCCUCGACCAGCUCCCUCUACGUGGCGCUUUGUGCGCUGAAGGAGCAGACGAACAUGGUGCUGGAUACUCUGAAUGAGAAAGACGACUACAAGCCGAUGGAGAUCAGCACGUCGCCGCUCUUCGGCCCCGUCGUGGCCGACGCGUCGUUUCGCAAGGUGGCCACCUUGGAGGACUUCGUGCGAGUGAUGAACACGGGUCUGCGCAAGUGCGGGGAGAGCCGCGCCUGCGUGGUGCUGCAGCUGCUGCAGGUGGAGACGAAGCCGGCGGAGGCCGACGUGUGCGUGAACUCCUUCCUCGGCGUCAUGUGCCCGGGCGACAUCAGCGUGUACCGCCGCGCGCUCGACCAGCCGGUGAAGAAGCGCGGCAUCUUCUCCUUAGCCCUCGGCGGGUCGUGCCACACUGUCUUUAUGGCUGGACUCACGAAGAACCCAGCGGACGAGGGCUGUCUGCUGCUGCCGCGUCUCGCGCAGGCUUUCACGGCGUCGGUGCUGAACUUGAAACCGCGCGACAACAGCAUAAAGCGCUUCGUGGAACGCACGAAGGGCGCGGCUGCGCAGGUGCAGCAGAGUAUCGAGCGCGCCACGUCUGAGGAGGAGAAGGCAAAGAUGCAAGCGUACCUGGAGACGGUUCAGAACAUGAUUUCGACAAGCGAGGCGUACCUCGCGGACUCCGCAGACAAGAUCCCGCCAACGUACCCAAUGAACAACCGCCCCGAUCGCCGUGAGUUGUAG